AUGCAUCGUCUGCCUGUUGUUCUAAGCGUCCAUAAUGAGGAUGCGCCACUAGAGCGAAAUCUACCUCCGCCUAUCACUUCCGAGAGCCGUCAACAGGUAGAGCAGGUCCUAGCUGAUGAUGCCGACGAAGAUGGAGACAUACCACCUCCAGAAGAAGCAUUUCACGCCCCAGCUCCCAAUGCGGAGUCGGAGGUGGCCGAUGCCGAAGAGAGCAUGUUUGUGGACAAGGACGCAGGCGAACAGAUCUUGGACUUUGGCAAUCUUCCAGAGCUGGGUGAUGAGCAGUUCGUCGAGAUCAAAGUGGGCAGUCUAGCUAAUAUGCUCAAACAAAUGGGCAAGUCGGGCUGGACAAGUCAUGGCUCAAGAUGGGAAGCGAAAAUUGGCCGAGAAAUGAAUCGCAACCUGAACUCUUCACGAUCACCGAAUACAAAACACUGCCGGAACAUUUGGAACGCGACUCAUCGCCUAUGGAAUAUUUUCCAAAACGGCUCUCCGUUCCGCACUCUGGAGGAGCUCAACGACUUCCUGAAUGAGAAAGCUCACGAGAUCGAAAGAACCCUUGGUCAUAUCACAAAACUCGUCGAUUUGACCUGUGAUAAGAAGCUAGCAGAACCUCAAGUCGAUGAGCAGCUGUCAGAAGAGGUGCUUGACUUUCGCAAGAAGAUGACUCAGGAUAUGAUUUAUUACUGCAUACCUGCGAUUUUGAUUGUCCUUCGUACAACAUUCCUUCUUGGAGGAGCCGAAAAUCCCGCUCGUGCAAGGGCGAAGGGGAGAUUUACCAACAAAACAUUGGAAUUCCUUUUCAAAGAAACUCAAUGGUUGCUUCAGCUGGCAGUAGUCGUUGUUCGCGAACUUGAAGAGCGGCCAUUCGAACGCCAGUUCACAACCGCUGAGAAUAGAUUAAGCCAUGGUGAUAUUGUCAAGAGAGACCAGAAACUGAAAUCCCGAGAGGACUUCCGUCAAAAUCUAGGUAGCUUUCGUGACAGACUUCAAGGAGUCAUUGACAAGCUCAAGGAGAAACAGCGGGAGGAGGAAGAGAGGAAGCAAGAAGCUGAGGAUCGACAACGAAGGGCUGAGGUGGCUAAAGACCUCGAGCGUGAGGCUCGAAUUCAGGAACAACAGAAGAAAGCGCAGAAGAAGAAGCGAUUUCUGACACAGUGGCAAGCGUUCGUUGCAUCUACUCAAGAUAUUCGUGCUAGGACGGAUCCCGUGAAGAGGAAAUGGGACGAGGCAAUGGAGGAGGAGGAAGAAUUCAGAGAGACGGUAGAGCAGCGUUCUAGUCAGGCAAGUCAGCAAUGGGUCGCCUCUACACACGCUCUCCGAAACGUGCCGGAUCCAGUUGGAGCACGCUGGGUUUGGGGCAGGGACAGAUCAACACAUCCAUUAGCCGAAGCGAAUGACGAGCCAUUUGGCGAUGAUGGUGAGCAAGGACAGAGUCAGCACGAGCCAGACCAGUUCUACGACCCUGUUUGGCCGGACUGGCGAGCGGAUGAAGACGAUAUAAUCCGGGUGGAGCUCAAAUAUUCGAGGACGUUGAACGUACCCCGAAUCGCGAAGAAGCUGAACCGGGAUGAGCACGAUGUCAAGCAGCACAUACAAGAGAUGAUCGGCGGCAGGGUUGUACCGGGACUCUAG